GAGGGUCGUCCACAAUUCCACGUGAGGCCACGAGGAAGCCCACCAAUGGAGUACAUACGCUCUCAAAAAGAAAUUAAUCAAGGAGACUGACCACAAAUCAAGGGAAAACUCCUCACUCCUGCAGCGGUCAGUCGUCUCGUCCACCCACACUCAACCCACAUAGUACAAGGAAUCAAGGAAGCUUGUUCUCGGAAGAAGAAGAGAAGGUUGCGUGAGCUAGCCAUGGCCUUCGCUGACACGGCAGCACGGAGGCUCCUGCGCGGAGGUAUGUCUCGAAGAAUGGCCGCCGACGCCGUCAGCAUGAGCUUCGGUCUCGACGGCUUUUGGCAGCUCAUCGCCGGCCUGUUGGCGACCGCGGCUCACCUGCUCGUCAUGCCGUUCGAGGUGCUCGGGCACUGGCUGCAGGCGGCCAUCGCCGCCGUGUCCCACCUGGUCGUCCUGCCGUUCGAGGCGCUCUGGCACUUGCUACAGUCCGCCGCCGCCGGCGUGAACUCCUGCUUCGGCAGCCUCGUCGCGGCGCUUGGGAGCGCUGCCCACGCUCUGGCGGCGCCGUUUGAAGCUGUUUGCGAGUGGCUCCAGGCCGCCGCCGGAAGCAUCGCUUCCGGCUUCGACGGUAUGUGUGAGCACAUGCAGGGCAUCUUCUCUGCCCUUCCCGCCGCGCUCGCCAGCGCUGCCCACUACCUCGUCGUGCCGUUUGAGGCUUUCUGGAGGUGGAUGCAGAAAGCCGUCGCUGGCAUCAGCCUCGAUCUGAACGGCUUUUGGCCGCUCGUCCAGGGCUUCGUCGCCACGGCCGUGAGAAAGGCCGACGAGCUCGUCCCGGCCUUGGAGGCGUUCUGGAGGUGGCUCAAGGACACCGCCGUCGUCGCGCUCCCAUUCGUGCUGGCCAUCGCCGCGGUCGUCUGCACCGCGGCCCUAGUCUUGUACUUCUGGCAGAUCCUGUGCACCGCCGCGGUGCAGGUCGCGCAGGCGCUCGUCUGGGUCCUCGCCUACUGCGGGCGUUGCUUGUACGACGCCGCCAUGGUGGUCUGGAGUGCGCUCGCUUACCUCGUCCCCUGCUGCGGGCAGUACUGCACCACGGUCACCAUGGCCGCCCCAGGCAACGCCGGCUGGCUGAUAUCCCGCGCUGCGUUCGAGGCGGCCCCGGCGCUGUACUUCCAGAUCCACCGCUUGGCUGGCCCCGUCGUGGCCUCUGCUGUCUUCUGCACGGGCACCGUCGCCUCGGCAGUCGGAGCGUCGGUCGCCGCCCUUUUCCGCCUCUGAUCAAGCCUAGGUUUUUCCCUGUAAUUUAGUGCUCUACCGGCCCGCGUACUUUCUCUUGCUUGGCUGCUUUGAUGUAGUAUGAUUUCCAAAUUCCACGGACUAUUGGCCAAUUUAAGUUAUCGUCGUGAUGAUGAUCCUUUGUUAAA